GUCACUCUUCCGGUUCAUAGGAACUGGAUUUGUUUCGGCGUGAACUGAGGGAUUUUCGGGAGCAAAUCGAGUCUCCGAGCUGCUUCUUGUCGUUCUUGGGCGGCAAUUGGUGCCGCUCUGAUCCGCGUUUUGCUCAAACUUGCCUCGCUCUACCCGAUUGAUGGACCUCUUCAUGUGUUAGCUGUUGAACUAGAAGAAUAAAAGGCUAUCAUGGGCAUUUCAGCCAAAUGGAUUAAAUCACUUGUUGGGAUAAGAAAACAUGAAAAAGGGCAAAACGCUGAAUGCAGCCACGGGAGGAGCUCUGCUACCCAGUUGCUACACAAACAGAAGCAUUCUGUAGAUACAGAAGGUGUCCUUGCAGUCGAAGAACUCAGAGUACAAGCUGAACCAUUAGCUGGUGACACAAACACAGAGACAGUAUCAAAUUACGCUUCCUCGCCCAGCACAUCUCUUCAAGUUUCUCAUACUGAACUUGAUACAAAGGAGCAUCAGGCUGCAAUAGUUAUUCAGUCUGCUUAUCGAGCAUUCCUGGCAAGGCGGGCUUUACGGGCGUUAAAAGGACUAGUUAGACUCCAGGCACUUGUUAGGGGUCAUGCUGUAAGAAAGCAGGCAGCAGAAACACUUCAGUGCAUGCAAGCACUGGUAAGAGCUCAAGCUCGUGUCAGAGCAAGACGAGUUCGUGUUGCUUUGGAAAGCCAAGUGGCCGAGAAGGAAACUCCUGAACUAAAUGUUAUCGAGGAUCAUGUUCGAGAAAUUGAGGAAGACUGGUGUGGCAGUAUAGGCUCGGUAGAAGAAAUGCAAGCUAAAGCAUUAAAAAGGCAAGAAGCUGCAGCUAAGCGGGAAAGAGCCCGGGCGUAUGCUUUAACCCAUCAGUGGCAAGCAGGUUCCAGGAAACAGAAAGCAGUGAGUCUCCAAGACCAAGGGCUUGCGGUAGACGAGAAUCAGUGGGGGAGGAACUGGUUAGAGAGGUGGAUGGCUGUACGCCCAUGGGAGAACAGGUUACUCGACAGUAAUGUCAAAGAGAGUGUCCCAAUUGGUGAUGGCAAACAGGUCGAGGAAGACAAGACCAAGGCUCUGAACAAACCAAAAAGAAGAGUCCCCGUUUCAACAAUACAAUCAAAUGGAUCGCGCCAGAAGGAAGGCACAAGCCACAAGAAGUCACAUUCUGAUGUAAGUGGCUCUUCGUCUGCGCAGUCUGCAAGUGUGCAACCUUCUACUUCUUUGGAGUCAUCCAAGAUAAAAGUGAAGCCAUCAGGUGAAAUCUCUGAUGAGGUCAGCUCUCAACCUUCAAAUUUUGCUUCCCGAUCCACGAGCAAUCCAAAAGAAAGGCCAGGACAAAUCAAAGCACCAGCGAAGAAGCGACUAUCCCUCCCUAACAAUAUUGCAGUUGACAUGCAUUUGAGCAAGAUAUCAGCAGUUCAAUCUUCCGAAGCAUUUGAUGCUCGCCACUUGUGUGCAGCAACAGCCAGUGGGGCAGUAGGAAAGGGUGCUACCAACAGUAGUCGGACAACCCAGGCCAUGAGAUCCAAGAAUAUUGUGAAAGGAGCGUCCAAGUCUGAAUCAAGAGAGGAGCUGAAGCCUGCUAACACAACUGUGGAGCCAGUUGAGACACAAGGCUGAGAACGACCCCUUGCCUUUUAUCUAGACACUAGACACUUGGUGAUGUCCCUUUGUCAUGUAUGUUCUUGCAUUUGUGUAUAUAAACCGAAAAACAAAUAUCGCCUCUGAACUGAUGCCAUGUUGUAUUCUACAAUUGUGUGAGCUUGUUGGCGUGAUGUACUUUCUGUUGUAUAUCAUUGUGCAAGUGCUCUUCC